UUGCUUCAGCCACUGCACGCUUCAGAGGAACGGCGUGAGCCUGAAGCUCCCGUGUCACUUAUUAACUUUAUUUACUAGACUCCGCCAACUUUGAGGACAUUCUAAACAGCAGGAAACUUUGUAUUUGAACCCCGAAUUCCUCGUAUGGAGUUAGCUUUGCGUUUUGUGGCUUUUGCUUCAGGACGAGUGAAGUUCUUGGUGGACUUUUUGAGUCGCCUCUAACAGUUUUGUGAGCAGCUUCCAUUCGGAGAUUUUGUGUACAAACCUAAGUGGAGAGUCGCAUGCUUCACUCCAUCCUAGUCGUCGGGUCUCUAUGGAGAGUUUGCCUCCGCGGAGGCGCGCACGCUGCACCCGCUCAACACCGAGGCCGCCCCGCCGCCACCACUCGUGAAUUCCUCGACCUGGAUACGACGAGGCGACACACUUAACCUCAUUUGAAUGCCUUUGCAAGGUGUUUGCUGGUUGCUGUGCUGCCGCCAGGGCUUCAGUUUGCUUGGGAGGGACUAUGGGGAGAAAGAGGAGGAAGAGUCUUUCGAGUUGCGCAACAAGGACGACCUGACUCCCAAUGGACAGAGUCCAGCCGAGGUGAUUCACGUUUCUCAGCCGACGCGUACAGCAAAUGGGACGAACGGAGUGGCCGUGUCAGACGCUGCUGACGAGAUGAAGAGCCUUAUCCUGGAGAAGAACAAGAUGGGCCUGGAGGAAGAACCUGAAAUUCUGGUCAAAGGUUGGCUGCUGCGUGAGGUGCGAGGCAAUUGGAUCAAGCAGCGCCGCUUCUGGUUCGUGCUAAGCCAGGACUCGCUGGACUACUACAGCGGGCCCGAGAAGGGAGCCCGCCGACUGGGAACGUUGGUGCUAACCAGCCUCUGCUCCGUCAUCUGGCCAGACAAGCAAACCUUCAAGGAGACGGGCUACUGGAGCAUCACGGUGUACGGGCGCAAGCACUGCUACAGGCUCUACACCAAGCACUUCAACGAGGCCGUGCACUGGGCCUGCGCCAUCCAGAAAAUCAUCGACACCAAAGCGCCCGUGGAAACGCCCACGCAACUCCUGAUUCAAGAUAUAGAGGAGAACAAGUUCAACCCUGAGGUGGUGGAACACAUCUACCAGCACAACCCUAUCCUCAAGUACACCCAUGGGCCCCUCUACGCCCCGCUGCUGCCCUUCCCCUAUGGCAGCCUGGAGCACACGUACCACCACGGCAAGGGCUACGGCUCGUUGAACGAGGAGGCCGUCAAGCUCUUCAACGGCCUGCAGCAGCUGGAGUCGGCGCACGACGGCGUGCCCAUCAUCCAGGGCGUACUGCAGACGUGUUUGGAUCUGCGGCCGCUGCGCGACGAGGUCUACUGCCAGCUGGUGAAGCAGACCAGCCAUACGCCCGCCCCCUACACCGCCGCCCACCUGCGCUACUGGCAGCUGCUCACCUGCAUGAGCUGCACCUUCCUGCCCGGAGCCGCCGUCCUCAAGUACCUGCGAUUCCACCUCAAGAGGAUCCAAAACCAGAGUCCUGAAUCGGAGAUGGACAACUACGCGUCCUUCAUCAGCGAAGCUCUGGAGAAGACAAAGUGUCGCGAGUGCGUGCCGUCCUGGGAGGAGAUCCAGAUGCUGAUGAGCAGGCAGGAGAUGCUGUGCACGGUGCACUACCCCGGACCUGGCUGCUGCCAGCUCUACAUCAGCUCGCAUACCACCGCCAACGAGGUGGUGCAGCGAAUGCAGCAGCGGCUCGGCCUGAAAGACAGCAAAAACACGUUUGCUCUGUACGAGCAGAACGCGCUGUGGGAGCAGCCGGUGUCGGGCGGCGCGCUCAUCGCCGACAUCCUCACCAGCAUCUCCAGCAAAGAGUGCGAGUCCAAAGGUCAGCGCAAACUGUGCUUCAAGCUCUACUGCCUGCUGGACGCCGACAGCAUUUCAGUGGACAGCAUCGAGUAUCUCUUCCUCUUUGAGCAGUGCCACGAGAUGGUGAUCCGCGGUCAGCUGCCCGCCUGCGAGGAGGACCUCCAGACAUUGGCGGCCCUCCGGCUUCAGGCCGUCAUGGGGGACUUUAGCACGCACGCCCCCUGCCCACCCCUGGAGCACCUCUUCCCUGGCCAUUUGCUGGAAGCCCGCAUCCUCGUGCCGACCUGCCAGGUGGCCGUGCCCACAGGCUGCCCCGCUGCACAACGCCUUCUGGCGGGGGCGCUGUGGAGCCACGCGGCGGCGGCACACAAGCAGAAGGUGGAGAAGGACCUGCGCCUCCGCAGCCGUGUGAAGGAGGAGGCGGCGGCCGUCAUGGGAGCCAUCUUGGAGCGCUGGAGGGGCCUGGCGGGCUCCAACUGCAGAGACAGCAUGGCCGCCUAUCUGGCCAUAGCGCGCCAGUGGUCCGGCUUCGGCUGCACGCUCUAUGAAGUCGACUUCUACAUUAGUUCAACGGGGAGUUUUUCCCAGAAGUUGUGGUUGGGGGUGGCGGCCAGCAGCGUGUCGCUCUAUCGCCAAGGAGAAGCUGAGGCCCUCGAGUCGUUUCCCUACGGACAGAUCUGCUCGUACGGCGUCUCCGACAGCAACACCUUCAAGAUCAGCGCCGGCGGCCGAGACAUGCUCUUCGAAACCAGCAAGCUGAGCGAGAUCACGCAACUGAUGAACGCGUACUUCAACGCCACCCGUCUGCAGCGAGGCAAAGGCGACACCGUCAAAAUUCACGAGGGCACGCCGGUGGGCUUCCGCCACCCGUCCGCGCCCGCCCUCCUGGAGCUGCCUUCGCACCCCGUCUGAGAUGGCCGCCGCCCGCUUCCCGGGGCCGUUCUCCGACACGAACCCUCAGAGCUGGACGGUAAACAACUUCCACAUCUGCUUUCUGUCUCAGGCCUGUUUGGGUUAACUUUCCUCAAAGGCGGCCGUCCUGCCUCUCGUGCGCUCCCUCCUUCUCGCGACCUUUAUCUAGGAGUUUUCCUAAGGUCCCGGAUGGAUCAGGCCUGCUUUACCGCACAAGUGUUGAUGCAGCCAACCAUGUGAACUUGGAACUGGAAACAGAUGUUUUGCCUCUGCAGCUCAAGUCACUCUGGCCCGAGUGCUCAUGUAUAGGACCCUGACGAGAGGAACACUGUUGCAGCAUCUUCUUCCUAUUCUUUUUCGGUGUCCUGCCCAGUUUGGCCUUGACUGAUGACAAGACAGCACAGCACAGCACAGCUUUGCUAACAUUGAUAAAACAGUGGUACCUUGACCGAAGAGCCCACCAUUUUUUUUUUUUUUAGUUUUCCCUGUUACUGGCCAUAGCUCAUUUUAGCUUGUUUUUUUUUUAAACCCACAAACACAAGGUCACACAAAUUCACACACGAAAACACAUAGCAAUGCACACACAAAAAAUUCAAGGUACCACUAUAAGAAGAAAUAAAAUGGUACCUAUUUAAAUUUCUUUUUUUUUUUUUUUUACAACCAAGUACCUAUUGUAGCGCAAAGCCCCUCUUCCCCUUUCUCCAAUCACAGGACACUUCAUUAGGUACACUUGCACAACCCACUAAAUGUUCAAACUGCAUAUUUGUUUCAUUCGUGCUGUUUCACCGAAUGAAAACUGUUGUCAGGCAAAAUGAGCAUUAUUCUUUUUCAUUCAUUUUCAAAGGAGUGCAGGUGUUCCAAAGGAAGUGGCUUCCUUGUGAGCGUCUUGGGUAAGACUGAGAAUGUUUUAGUAGUAUUUCAUGUUUAAAAAAAAAAAAAAAAGAAGUCUUAAAUGCACACAAGUGCACCUUUCCCCAUUACCAUUACAUUUAGCCACACUCCCUAAGGAGUUUUCUGACAUAUUUACAGUUGUGCUGAUAACAUUCAUUCCCUGGCAUAUUUUAUUUUCAAGGACAUUUGAAUAGAACUCUGAUUUUGCUGAAGGUACUCCAAAUUCAUUCACCCAGCGUUUGCCGGCUUGCUCAAAGGACACUUCCACAAUCCUUAGUUAAGUAAAGAAACUCAAUGGUCCACAUGCAGUCAUCAGUGAUCAGUUCCAAAAAUGUCCAGUACUUCAUAAAUUCUGCCAGGGAAUGUACAUUUAUGAGUACAACUGUAAUUACCAUGUUGGCACAAGUUUUAUGCAAAUUACAACAAACGUGACAAGUGCUGGAAAUUUCCCCCAGGUGAAUUUUUUUUUUGUAGCUUCCCGUGCAAUGCCUGGCUUGAAUGUCCAACAAUCACCAUUAAGGGUUGAGCAGUGGCAGCCAUGGUGCAGGGUCGUUUAGGAAGGUCAGUGGUUCGAACCUAUCUCUGUCUGACUUAGGGAGCACCUGAUUUUUUUUGUCAAUGUGAUCCUUUUGUUGAUCUUGAAAGUUUCUUCCCAUAGCCAAAGUGUUACCAAGUUAUAGGAUGGACCAAAGAUGCUUUUUUGCUCUGUAUUUUUACAAUGAUCCCCUCUCCCGGCCCCAUCUUCCAGUUUUCUAUUCAAGUGUUUAAUUGUACUUAAGGAGUGAUUUUGUGAAGCUAAUUGAGUUUCCCAUGUGACAAAACUUAAAAAAAGAAAUCAACGCCAGCAGCUUGUUCCAUAUCAGAUAAAUUUGCCAAACGUUGACUGCUUGGCAAGCUGCAGGCAGCUUCUGAAUGAUGUAGCACAACAAGAAGAAGAAAAAGAAAAGAGCCUGUUUUGUUUUGUAUUCACUUUGUUUGUACGCUGCAUGGUACCUCUUUAAUGUGUGUGUGUAUAGUUGAUUGCACUAUUUUUUAAAACUAACUUGGAAGUGCAAUAAGACAAAUACUGUAUGUAAUUAUUAAUAAAAAAAAAACAGCUCCAAUUUA